AUGAACCUCUCCCUCUACAGCAUCCAAGCCUUCAUCAUCCUCGACACAGAAGGCAACCGCGUACUCGCAAAAUACUACCGCCCAAAAAGCCACCCUCAGGGCGAAAGCAAAGAAUGGCCGACGUUGAAAGACCAAAAGGCGUUUGAGAAGGGUCUGUGGGCGAAGACGAAGAAAGCUGGGGGCGACAUAAUUCUAUACGACUCCCACUUGGCUUUAUACAAACACUCCCUAGACCUCAUCCUCUACUUCAUCGCGGGCCCAACAGAGAACGACCUGAUGAUCUCAACGGCGCUAACCUCCCUCACCGACGCGCUCACCAUGCUUCUCCGGAAUUCGUUGGAGAAACGAGGGGUGUUGGAGAAUUUGGAUUUGGUCCUGCUGUGUUUGGAUGAGACGAUAGAUGAUGGAAUCAUCGUAGACACAGACGCCACAGCCAUCGCUUCGCGCGUUAGCAGACCGCGCCCCGACACGACGGAAAUAGUCAUCAACGAACAAACGAUCAUGAGCGCGUAUCAGACCGUGAAGGAGAAGAUGCAACAGAGGAUAGGACAGUUGUAG